AUGGGCUUCGGACUUAUUUAUCUUCCAUCGAUUGUCACUGUUGGUUACUACUUCGAGAAGAAGCGUUCAAUUGCAACAGGCAUGGCGGUCGCUGGUUCUGGUGUCGGAACACCAUUAACAACCGCUGCAAUGGAAAAUGAAAAGCGAGUAGCGAAGACAGAUGAAGAAAUGCCCCUAAAACCACCGGUAGUGAUAAGGAAAGAUGUGGAUGUGGCUGAAGAACUCAAGAAAGAUGGAAGUGCGUCUGAAAGGAUCAGGUUGCAGAGGUCAUCACGGCAGCGUAAUGCAGUAAGUGAAUGUGAGACGCGUCGUGAGAAUGAAGAUGACAGUUCGCUUCAGAUACCUCUUUCACCGAUCACUGAGAAUUCUCCCAGUAGUUAUGAUAGUCAGAGAGAACAGGGCAUUGGCGCCUCAUCCUCAACGAGAGCAAGAAAAAAUACAAAUACAAGGUAUGGUAUUUUCUGGUUGUGCUAG